GGGAGGGAGAGAGGUGUUGAGCAGUCCCUUGGCGAUCCCUCAUUUCACCAGGCCCCCGGCUUGGGGUGCCUUCCUUCCCCAUGGCGGGACACCUGGCUUCGGAUUUUGCCUUUUCGCCCCCGCCAGGCGGUGGGGGCGAUGGGCCAGGAGGGCCAGAGCCAGGCUGGGUUGACCCUCGGACCUGGCUAAGCUUCCAAGGCCCUCCUGGAGGUCCAGGAAUUGGGCCAGGGGUUGGGCCAGGUUCUGAGGUGUGGGGGAUUCCCCCGUGUCCCCCACCAUAUGAGUUCUGUGGAGGCAUGGCAUACUGUGGACCGCAGGUUGGAGUGGGGCUAGUGCCCCAAGGUGGUCUGGAGAUCUCUCAGCCUGAGGGUGAGGCAGGAGCUGGGGUAGAAAGCAACUCUGAGGGGGACUCCCCUGAGCCCUCCACUGUCCCCCCUGGUGCCAUGAAGCUGGAGAAGGAGAAACUGGAGCAAAACCCUGAGGAGUCCCAGGACAUCAAAGCUCUGCAGAAAGAACUCGAGCAAUUUGCCAAGCUCCUGAAGCAGAAGAGGAUCACUCUGGGAUAUACCCAGGCCGAUGUGGGGCUCACCCUGGGGGUUCUCUUUGGGAAGGUGUUCAGCCAAACAACUAUCUGCCGUUUUGAGGCUCUGCAGCUGAGUUUCAGGAACAUGUGUAAGCUACGGCCCCUGCUGCAGAAGUGGGUGGAGGAAGCUGACAACAAUGAAAAUCUUCAGGAGAUAUGCAAAGCAGAGACCCUCGUGCAGGCCCGAAAGAGAAAGAGAACAAGUAUUGAGAACCGAGUGAGAGGCAACCUGGAGACCUUGUUCCUGCAGUGCCCGAAACCAACCCUGCAGCAGAUCAGCCACAUUGCCCAGCAGCUUGGGCUAGAGAAGGAUGUGGUCCGAGUGUGGUUCUGUAACCGCCGCCAGAAGGGCAAGCGAUCAAGCAGUGACUAUUCACAACGAGAGGAUUACGAGGCUGCUGGGUCUCCUUUCUCAGGGGGACCAGUAUCUUUUCCUCUGGCCCCAGGGCCCCAUUUUGGUACAGGAGGCUAUGGGAGUCCUCAUUUCACUACGCUGUACUCCUCAGUCCCUUACCCUGAGGGGGAAGCAUUUCCCUCUGUCUCUGUCACCACUCUGGGCUCUCCCAUGCAUUCAAACUGAGGUGACUUCCCCUCUAGGAAUGGGGGACAGAGAAAGGGAAGAUACUAGGAAAGAAGAACCUGGAAUUUGUACUAGAGUUUUUGGGCUGAAGUUCUUCAUUCACUAAGGAAGAAAUUGGGAACACAAAGGGUGGGGGCAGGGAGUGGGGAAACUGGUUAAAGGUGAAAUUCAAUGAUGCUCUUGAUUUUAAUCCCCACAUCACGGAUCACUUAGUUCUUAAAUAAAGAAGCCUGGGACACACAGUAGAUAG